UUCGCCCAGUAUGAACAGCACAAUACUCCAGUCCCAAGGCUGGUGGGACUGGCCAAAGGCAUCAUCGUGGAGCUGGGACCAGGUACGGGUAGUCAACUUCCGAGAUUCAACCUGGAGACCGUACAGCGAAUCUACGGCGUUGAGCCGAAUGCGGGCAUGUUCGCCUCCUUGCUCGAACGAAUCGAUCAGUCUCCCGGGUUGGAGGACGUAUACGUUCCCAUCCAUGCCGUGAUGGAGGAUGAAGCGCUGCUCGCGGCGAAUGGAAUUCUUCAGGGGACUAUAGAUACGGUCGUAUGUAUGCAAGUCUUGUGUUCCGUCUCGGAUCCCGCCAGGGCCGUCGAGAGGAUCCAUUCGCUCCUGAAACCUGGUGGACAGCUUUUGUUUUGGGAACACGAGGCGAGUUCGGAUACUUGGACCCGGCUUGUGCAGCACAUCUGGAACGUUGUGUGGACUCCGCUCGUUGGUGGCUGCACUCUAGGUCGAGAUAUCGAGGCCGCCAUCUUCGGCUCGGGACGAUGGUCGGUCAUCGAGCUUGUUCAUGAUACGAGUGGGCCGUACAGCUUGAUGCCGAGGGUGUGGGGCCGUUUGAUCAAGAUCGCUGACUGA